AUGGGACUCCUCGCAGUAGUAUCAUUGGUGCUGUUAAUCUCAUAUCUGCCCCGGGGGCGUACUUCUCCUAUCGAGCUGGGAUCGAAUGAAGAUCCUGGCCCGGGCAAGCGGGGAGCCGUUGCGACCGAGAACUCGAUUUGCUCACAACAUGGAAUUGAUAUUCUGACCAUGGGCGGGAAUGCAGCUGAUGCACUGGUCGCGAGUCAAUUAUGUGUUGGUGUGACUGGAAUGUAUCAUAGUGGUAUUGGCGGUGGCGGCUUCAUGGUGGUCAGGUCUCCCGAUGGAGAAUAUGAAUUCAUUGAUUUCAGAGAAACGGCACCAGCUGCAGCAUAUCAAGACAUGUUCAAAAACAAUACCAACGCCGCUGUUUACGGAGGACUUGCUAGUGGUGUACCCGGAGAAAUUCGCGGCUUAGAAUAUCUUCACAAGAAGUACGGUAUCCUCCCAUGGUCAACUGUGGUGAUGCCGGCAGUUCGCACUGCACGAGAAGGAUUCCCCGUGUCCGAAGAUCUGGUCCGAUACAGCGAGGCUGCUGUCUCUUCCAGAGGGGAAGACUUUCUUGCGAACGAUCCAAACUGGGCUCUUGACUUCGCUCCCAAUGGAACUCGUCUUGGCCUGGGCGAUAUCAUUACACGGAAGCGAUAUGCCGAUACACUGGAGACCAUUGCCAAGCAAGGGCCCGACGCGUUUUACUCGGGUGCAAUUGCCGAUACAAUGAUCAAUGCUAUUCAAAAAGCAAAUGGCACCAUGGUUGUCGAGGAUUUAACCAAUUAUACAGUUGCCAUCCGGAAUACAUCCCAGAUCACCUAUCGCGGACAAACCGUCACAAGCACAACAACGCCGUCAAGUGGCUCGGUCGCACUCAGCAUUCUGAGUAUUCUCAAUACUUACGAUGACUUUUUCACCUCUGAGCAAACUUUGAAUCUUAGCACUCAUCGAUUCGACGAGGCGAUUCGCUUUGCCUAUGGCCAGAGAACUGAGCUAGGAGACCCAGGCUUUGUACCAGGUAUGGAAAAGUACGAGCGAGAUAUGUUGAAGCAGUCGACUGUGGAUGAAAUCCGGGGCAAGAUCUCGGACCAGCAUACUCUGAACGUAUCCGCUUAUGACCCGUCCGGUCUCGAAAGCUUGGAGACCCCUGGAACUUCGCACCUUGCCGUGGCGGAUCAUACCGGUCUUGCCGUUUCCUCUAUAACUACCGUGAAUCUGCUUUUCGGAAGCCAGGUCUUAGUCCCGGAAACGGGCAUCAUUAUGAACAACGAAAUGGAUGACUUUUCCAUCCCUGGGGUCUCGAACUCCUUUGGCUUUAUCCCCUCUGAGGCGAAUUUUAUUCGUCCCGGGAAACGCCCAAUGUCAUCCAUCACACCUGUGAUCGUGACCCGACCUGAUGGACAGCUUGCGCUGGUCGCUGGUUCAGCUGGUGGUAGCCGAAUCAUCACUGCCACUGUCGCGAGCAUUAUCCAUGUCAUCGAUCAAGGCCUCGACGCAGCUGAAGCUCUUGCAAAGCCACGGCUACAUGAUCAGCUGGUGCCUGACCAGACUACCUUUGAAUACGCCUAUGACAACUCUACUGUUGCGUUCAUGAAAAGCCGGGGCCACAACGUGACCUGGGUUGCUCCUGGUCAAAGCUCGGCACAGCUAAUUCGCGUGUCUCCAAAUGGCACCUUUGAUGCUGCGGGCGAACCCCGACAAUUAACCUCUGCAGGAUACUCCAUCUAG